AUGGCCCAGGCAUGUGAGGAGCAGGGUCCCAACGCGCUGAGCGGCGCGGCAGCGGCGGCCGAGGAGGCCGAGGCACAGGAGCGGCUCCUGCGGCCGCACGCGGGGACCCCAGAGCGUCGGCCAAGCUUCGGUUCGCGGCUGCGGCGCGCCUUUGCCGCCCUGGUCGUGCUUCCGGACCCGCAGGAGGAGGAGGAGGAGGCGCACGGGCCGGAGCUGCAGCUGACUCGCACCCACUCGGGCGCCGAGUGCGCAAUCUGCCUCGCAACCCUCGGCUCAUGCGCGCGCGCCGUCUCCGGCUUGCCGCUGGAGCCUGUCGCUGCGCCACGCCGCGGCGGCCGGCAGUACCGCUUCCUCGACCUCGGCGACUUCGGGAGGGCGGGGAUGCUGUACCUCCUCUCGUCAAACGAAGACCGCAAGACGGCCUCGAGCGCCGUGCUGAGCGAGCCCGGCUCCGUAGAGCUGAUGGGCUCCGCCACUUGGGAAGGCACCUACUUCGUCUUCAUCGACUGCAGCUGA